ACAGUUGAUGUCUUUCGUGAUUUAUCUACCAUACCAUCUCUCGAUUCUCUGCAAGACUUCACACAACCCCCAUCAUCCCCUACAGCACAAUCAAUGGAUAUCCCUGAUAAAUGUACGGUGUUGGUGGUAGGCGGCGGACCGGGGGGUUCGUAUGCUGCUUCGGUGCUCGCUAGAGAAGGCAUUGAUACGGUGCUCCUGGAGGCAGACGAGUUUCCGAGAUACCACAUUGGAGAGAGCCUCCUGCGGACUACGGGGUCUUUUCUUCAGUUUAUCGAUGCUUAUGACAAAUUCGAAAGCCAUGGGUUCAGACCAAAGAACGGUGCUGCAUUUAAAUUCAACAGCAAGCCCGCCGCAUACUCCAACUUUCUUCAACAUGGUCAACACGCAUGGAAUGUGGACCGAUCGGAAUGCGAUGACCUCAUGUUUAAACAUGCCCGAGAAUGUGGCGCAAGGACCUUCGACGGGGUUAAAGUCCAAUCCAUUCAAUUUUGGCAGGCAUUCUGCCACGACGAGAAGGUAAAUGGCGAGCAAGCGCACCUUGGAAAGCCAGUCUCUGCUUCGUGGAUUCGCAAAGACAAGACCACCGGCACCAUUCAGUUUCAGUACCUGGUGGAUGCCUCUGGCCGAGCGGGGCUGGUCAGUACUAAAUACAUGAAAAACCGUAAGUUCAAUGAGGGGCUGAAAAACGUUGCUUCUUGGGGUUACUUUGAGGGUUUUGAAAUGUACGGAGUCGGCACGGUUGCUGAAGGUUGCCCCUACUUUGCAAGCUUUCCAGAUGGGUCGGGCUGGGUAUGGUUCAUCCCCCUGGGGGAGAAUAAAGUCUCUGUGGGAGUCGUCAUGGAACAGAAAAGUGCCACUGCCAAGAAGAAGCUGAUGGAGUCCCCCUCUUCUCGCGAAUGGCUUUUGGCGCAGGUCCAGGAGGCGCCCGGAAUAGGCGAUCUUCUUGCAAAAGCCACUCUUGUUUCUGACGUGAAGAGUGCUUCCGACUGGUCCUACACUGCAUCCACUUAUGCCAGCACAAACAUCCGGAUCGUUGGAGACGCUGGGUGUUUUAUUGACCCACUCUUUUCAUCGGGGAUUCACCUGGCGCUCACCGGGGCGUUCUCGGCCGCAGCAACUAUUUGCUCCUCGAUUAGGGGCGACUGCUCGGAAAAGACUGCAGCGGACUGGCAUUCGAAGAGAAUCCAAGAAGCGUACGCAAGGUUUUUGCUCGUGGUGGCGAGCACGUAUGGGCAGAUCACCGGAAAAGAAGCACCGAUUCUCAAUGAUGAGGGCGAGAGCGACUUUGACAAUGCUUUUGAAUUAAUCCGUCCUAUCAUCCAGGGGUCCGCGGAAGAAUCUACGGGAAAGGGCGCGCCAGAGGAUGCUUCCGAGGCGGUUGCAUUUUGCAUGACAGUUAUCCAAAAGGCGCAGACUCGAUUGGAAGACAUCAGCAUUGGCGAUAAAAUUAUCAGGGCGGCUAUGCAGCCAGAUACUGGAUCAUUAGGCGGUAACGAUAUUGAUGGGAUGGUGAUCCACGCUGAACGCGGUGCUUUGGGUCUUGUAAAGAUGUAA